AUGCCGAUAUUUUCAACAUUGGAGGCAUUGACAAACCUCACCCAAGCCAUACCAGAUUGGAACACACGACUAGACGACCUAAAUAGUCAAAUAGCAUUACGACAAAUCGAGCUUGCACGAUUGGUAGACACCAAACCCGCACGCUCCUUGAAGAACAAAGGUUCCACCGAAUCACUACGACCAAAAGAUGGAGAGGAGAUCAUCAGCGAAGUCCAGGACAUCAUAGAAAAGUCCUCACCUCUUACCGGAUCCCCUAAAUCUGCUCAAAAUGAGACUCCCGCAAAAGCACGACCCAAUUCCCCGUCAGUAGCUCGAGCUGCUGCUGCCGCAGCUCUCGAAUACAACCAACCCCCAUCCGAACCACAAUCGCAAUCACCGAAGCCCCUUACUCCGCGAGCAUCACCCACCGCCUUAGCUCGACAAUCAUCGCAACCUCCACCCCAAACUGAACCACUACCACGGGCUCCGGCCGUCCUCCGAAAACGAAAGACGGAAUCCCUCGCAUCGGGGACUUCUCAAGCCCCAAGAUACAGAACCAGAUCAAUGAUAAUAGUAUACUACGACAGCGCCGUGCAAACCGCCUUUGAAGAACUCGUCAAAUUUGUGAGCGGGAAUCGAAAUGCCAUGAGAAAGGGAAAAAUGGCAGCUAAAAUGGCGGAAAUGAGACGAGCUGCGGAGAUGGAAGCCGAGGAGGAAAGCGACGAUGAAUCCGAGUCCGAGGCUUCAAAAGCUCUAGGCAGUGCAUUACCCAAACCUUCAUUACAUCACCAAGUCGCUUCGCAAGAAACAUCGAACGGAGCACAGCUGAAUGGGGGAGAUACCGGAGCAGGAACGAAACUAAAAUUCACCUCGACGAGAAACAUGGGUGCAUCUCGCGACCGCAUGACAGUUGGAAACACCAUGAAUGUGCUACGAGGAUACCGACGAACCGGGGCAGGAGGAACCGGAGGAAGCGCCACGGAUAUAUUUGACGAGCUAGACAAGGGACUCGAAUGGUGUCAAGGACAAUGCGAACAUGCAGCACACCAAUUCCUACGUGACGGAGAAUGCAGCACCGAAAUCGAGAAUAUCAAAAAGAGACUUGCGGAGGUACGAGAGAUUGCCGAGAAGAAGAUGGAAAAAUUGAGGAAGGAGCAGGAAUUGGAAAGGAAGGAUGAAGUUUCUAUCUCGAUGUCUUUGAAGGCGGAGGAGGAUGCACAUACUAAUGGAACGAAAUUCAUACCGCCAAUAGCUCCGAUUCAAGAUGGACCUGUCGUGUUGGAGGUUGAUGAUGAUAUGGAAGUGGAUGAUGAAGAUGAUGAUAAUGAUACUUUUGAUCCGAGAAAAUUGGUCUUUAAGCGCUCAGGGGACGUCGCGUACUGA